CUAACAAAACAAAUAACAAAAAUAAGUGUAACAUCUACUAAAGUUGGUUUGGAUUUGACGUUAAGAAUUUGACAACCAAACCAUUUCUAAACAACUUUGGCGGCUGCAAUUGGUGUAAAAACAUAUUUAUAGAAUAAAAUUAUUAUUAUUGUUGUAUUUAAAUAUGGAAGUUAGCAUGGGAACCUUGGUUGAACAAUAUGAUACUAAACCACUUGUUAAGGAUUCUAUUUCGAACUUUGAAGAUUGCUGCGACGAAUCAUAUUUACAUGUUUAUGAAAUUGGAAGAAAAUUAUGGCAAUCAAACGAUUUAGAUUCGCAACACUAUUUAAAAGGUUGUCUCUGGUCACCAGAUGGCAAUUAUUUGUUGGUUCCAGUUCAUUUAGAUGGUAUUCACAUAUUUGAGUUACCAGAAGAUUUACGUGAAAAUGAUGUAGCAGUAAUUGACAAAACAAUGUCUAAUCGUGAUUUAACUUUACUUGAAAGUUCCUUUCAAGUAGCAGAAGGUGGGACUGUAUAUGAUUUCACAUGGUAUCCGUACCAACAAAGUAACGAUUAUACAUCAUGUUGUUGGCUCAGCACACGUCAAAACGAGCCUAUACAUAUGUGGAAUAUUGGCAAUGGAAGUUUACGCUGCAGUUAUCGUGCUUACGAUAUGGUGGAUGAACCUGAUUGUGCUAUUUCAGUACAUUUUUCCAAUGACGGAGAAAAUAUUUAUGGUGGUUACAAAAAGUCGAUUAAGAUAUUUGACACUUCACGACCUGGUCGUGAUUAUUCAAUUUUUCCUGUUAAACAGCCAGUUUCUUGCUUCGCAACAAAUCCAAGAAAUCAUAAUACGGUUACUGUUGGAAGCUGGCAUAAACAUGUUUAUCAUUAUGAUUUACGUCAACCCAAAAUUGGACCGCUGUUUGUUUUAAAUGGUCAUAAUGGUGGCAUUACUUGGUUGCGUUAUGACACAGAAGGUUAUAUGUUAUUUAGUGGAGCACGUAAGGACGACAACAUAUUACAAUAUGACUUGCGUAAUUAUACUGAACCUUUGCAUACUUAUGAAAGAAAAGUGGCCACUAAUCAAAGAAUUUCUUUUGAUUUAAAUGAAAAAGAAACAUGGCUCGUAGGUGGUGAUUCUGACGGUAUGGUUCACGUUUGGGAUUAUAAGAGUGGCGAAAAAAGAUCUAGCUUUGAAAUACAUACAGAUUGUUGCAACGGUUUAAGUUUGCAUCCGAAUGGAGCACUUUUUGCAUCAACGUCUGGUAAAUUUCAUAUGUUUGAGGAAAGUACAGAACUAUUUAGUGGUGGAAGAGAAAUCGUAUAUGAGAAUGGUUUAGUUAUGGGCUGGAUUCAAAAACGAAUGUUUGAAGAAUAUGGUACUUAAUAUUUCAUUUAUUAUUCUUUAGUUGUUUGUUUUUAUACUUGAGUCUUAAUAUAGGAAAAUAGUUUUAAUAAA